ACUGGACUGGACUGGUGCGGCAAGCCCAUCUUCAGGAACCAAAGAAGCCCGCUCUCUCUUCUCGUCUUCCACCGAAAAGAAAGAAGCAUAAAGAAGCCAUUGUGCCCAUCUAUUUUCCCUCCUCCUUUAUAUCACACUUUUAACUGCCUAAUAGUAACGACAUCCUCUCCUGGCAUCACCCCCCUUCAUCCUCGACAUCAACAACCGACGGAAUCAUCCGGCCAACUCUUUCUCUCCACAAGGUACAUGCGAUGUGCUUUUGCUAAACAUUUCAUUUCACCUCAUUCCUUCCUCCCUGUUGCUCAUUCGUCCUCCAACCAGCGUUCUUCUACAGCCUCGGACUAGCCCCCCUCCGGACUCUGCAACACCGUUAGUAACAAGGACUCGCACGCAGCAGUAACAAUAUUCGAGAAUGGGAGACACGGCACAGUCUCCAUUGGCCAUGCUGGUGCUGGUCACUCCAUAUACCCUCCUCUAUCUUGUCAACCAAGUGUUCCUGCAUGGCGUUCUGGAUAAGAUGCACUACAUCUUUUUCGAACUGAUCUUCGUGCUAGCCUUCCGUAAGGUCUUUGGUAUCCCCGACUUGGGUGAGCGUCUCUUCCCAUCCCAAGUGGCGGUCCACGCUACUGAACCAGUGCAACCGGCAAAGACCUCCCUUAUCUCCAGUAACGGCGAAGCAACUGCGCCCGCAAAGAAAAAGGUUAAGAAGAUUAUCGUCCGCAAGGCAUCAGGAACUGCAACGAAAAAGACAAAGGAACAACCGUACGCAAAGGAACUGGCGGCCAUGAAGAAAAAAUUUAUGGAUUACGUCGAGAACAAGGAGAUCUGGGAGAAGGUCUUUGAGGAGACCUCGCCUGGGUUGAUUGAGGUGUACCAGUACAAAGCUCGGCCCAUGUGCUACAAGAUCAUUGCGGUCAUGAACAACACUGCAGCAGUGACAUUUGACCUUUUGAGCGAUAUCAACCGCAGGGUGGAAUGGGAUCCACUUUGUGUGGAGGCCAAGAUGGUCGCAGAUGUUUCGCCAGGCGUCAAGAUCCAGUAUGUCAGGACCAAGAGCAUGUGGCCUACGGCCUCUCGAGACACGGUCGUGCUGGGGACGGUCGGAAAGCUCUCAGAAGAGACAUUCUUCAACGUGACGAGUUCUGUGGAGCAUCCACUCAUGCCUGAAAGAAUCAAGGAAAAGUUUGUGAGGAUGGAAACCGCGAUCGCGGGUCAGAUCGUGGGACCUGAACCUGGACAGCCCAACAGAUGUCGACUGGUCCAGGUGUUGGAUGCGGAUUUGAAGGGUUGGAUUCCGGAAAAGGUCAUUCAGCUCGUUUCUACCAAGGCAGUUCCGGAAGGCAUACGCAACGUCAACGGCAUCCUCCCAUCGCUCACUCCUUAUGACGAAUGCAAGACCCUGGAACGUGUUGCCCUGGCACGCAAGGAAGCCGAGGCGCUCGCAGAACAGCAGGGCGAUGACGAAAAUGAUGCUGUGGAGGAAUCUUCUCACGAACUAAAGUCCAAGCGUGCAUCGGAUAUGUUGUCGUCCUCCUCACAGCUGGCAGACCGAUUGGCCAAUGGCAAUGGAAAGCAGUAUGGCCAUGGCCCCGUGGAGCGGAAGCGUUCGAGCACCUUCAGAGUGUUCUGGGAGGGUGUGAAGCAGAACCUUGGGUAUGGUGGUGCGCCGGGCAAGGCAAACAGGAUCCUGGUGAUGACAAUUGUGCUUGCAGUGCUGGGUCCGACCAUUGCGCGGUUCCGUCGACGACGAUAGUACCAUAGCACAUGUAGACUAGUGCAUGCACACACACGCACGUAGCUUUGUUUUUCAUUUGUACGAUCGCUUGAAUUGAAUUUUUCAUGUUCAUGCAUGCCACAUGCAUGCCACAUGCAUGUCUAAUUACUUGCCGGUCUUUACGCAAAAAAAGGUACAAAAACUUGCUGCUAUGCUUUUUUGU